AUGGCCCCGAAACGUAGGCCAGAGAUGUCGCAGGUGUCGAGCAAUGGCCACAACGAGUUUGUCUUUGGCGAGAAAGGUGGCCGGGGAAAGAACUUGCUGUCUUUCCUUAAAAACUUGUCGCUUACUGGUCCACUGCUGAACUCACACAAGAACGAUAAUUCGGAGGAAAUCAACCGCAAUAUCAAUUCCAGCAUCUAUGGCGAGAUGACCUACGGAUAUACAUCUCCGGACACGGGCGGUCUGAUUCUCCCUAAGGCGGCUGCUUCGCUGAAGGGCAAACGACUGAGUCUGCUGUCUUUUUUCCCAUACGGACUAAGCAAAAUUGACACUACUGACGGUUCAGGUACACAAUCCAACAAUGGCGGCAGCUCGCGCCUGGCGUCGCCUUUAUUUCGACACGCGACCAACUCAAUGAGUGCACUUGAGGCCUCUUUGCGGCCCUCGUCACGCAAGUCCGGAUUCACAGACUUGGAUGACGACUGGGACGCGCAGAUAGAUGAUGUAGACCCAGAGGUUGCGCCUGUAGUUCUGAAGCCGGUUGCUCGUAGUUCCACUAACGAUAUGAUCGAUCUGUUGCAUCCUGAUCUCAUGGCUUUCGCUCCUUCCCUGCGCAUAUCUGUCGAGCGGAAACCGUCUCAGCGGCAUCCGUCGCGAGACCGUGCUCUGAUGGACUCGCACGAUCGUCAAGCGGAGCAGGAGGUGCGUUUCCUCAACCAAAUGCUGACCAAACUCACCAAGUUUCAAAACAUAUUGCUCAAAAACGAUGGCACCAUAGAUCUCCAUGAGCUUCGAAAGCUUUCAUGGAAUGGUGUUCCUGCCGAGCUCCGCGCCUCGGUUUGGCAAUUGCUCGUCGGUUAUCUUCCAGCUAAUAAAUCUCGCCAGGCAUCCAACUUGAUGCGCAAACGAAGCGAGUACGCGGAGGGCUUGAAAAACGUCAGCACUCAGAUUCUGUUCAAAGAUGACAAUGUCAUUAGUAGUACUGCAAACUCAUCGGCGGCAUCUGUUCCUGGUGGCCGAGACUCGAACAACAGAGAUAACUCUGUUAAUAAGGAUAAGGCGCUAUAUCACCAAAUCAAGAUUGACGUGAAAAGAACCAACCCUUCAAUGCCUUUGUACUCACUUGCAGCUACACAACAAUCACUCAAAAAGAUUUUAUACUUGUGGGCUGUGAGACAUCCAGCCUCAGGGUAUGUUCAAGGCAUCAAUGACCUUUGCACACCUUUCUAUCAAAUUUUUCUAGGUAAUUACAUCUGGCAGCUUCAAAGAAAAGCAGCACAUAAAACGGGAGCUCCAGAUGACUCGCCGUUGUUUAUUCCUGGAAUUUUGGAUGACAAUGACACCCAGGAACAGUUGAUUCUUGAAGAUCCGAAGCUUAUGACCUAUACAGCUGAGAAUUUCGAUCCAUCUCGAAUCUCCGACCGUGUAACAGCAAUCAUUGAGGCCGACACAUACUGGUGUCUUGCCCGAUUGCUAGAAAAUAUAACUGACAAUUACAUCAAUGAGCAGCCUGGAAUUCAUCGCCAGGUCAGUGAUCUCCGGAAUUUGAUACUGAAGAUUGAUCCAGAGUUGCUCCAACAUUUUGAAGCUGAAGGGAUUGAGUUCAUUCAAUUCCUGUUUCGCUGGAUGAACUGUCUUCUCAUGAGAGAAGUCUCUGUGGGUUUAAUCAUUCGCAUGUGGGAUACCUAUCUCAGUGAAACGCCAUUGGGUUUCAAUCUUUUCCAUGUCUAUGUGUGUGCAGCAUUUCUCAUCAAGUUCAGUGCUGAGCUCAAGGAAAAGGAUUUCCAAGAUAUUUUGCUUUUCCUUCAAAACCCUCCUACUGCCAAUUGGACUGAGAAGGAUAUCGAGGUGAUGCUCAGUGAAGCAUUUAUCUGGCAGAGUCUUUACGUCAACAAAGGUGCGCAUCUUCGAUAA